UCUGCCCCCGAGGUCUGCAUCUGCUUCUGUCCAGUUCUGUCAGGUUGUGAUUUAUCUCAGGAUUUACACAUUUAUUAAAGAGAUAAAUCUUUUCCUCUUCAGCUCGGAUUUUCUGCACAGAGUGUCGGAGCUUCUCCUCCCCAUUGCAUCACCGGUGUGUGAGCCCUGGCUGAGAAAAUAAUGUCCCGCGGUUAAAGAUGGGUGGCAGCGGCUCUAAAGCUAAAAGUUACUGGCCCUUUUCCGGCUCUGGUGGCGGCGAUGAAGCGGCCAAAGAAGGUGGAGAGCAGGCGCUGGCCAGAGUGCGCAGCUUCCCAAAUGGUACACCCCUAGUGUUUACUAGGAGGAGCUCCAUGUACUUUGAUGAGGACGGAGACCUGGCUCACGAGUUCUACGAGGAGACAGUGGUGACGAAGAACGGACGCAAGAGAGCCAAGCUCAAGAGGAUCCACAAGAACCUCAUACCUCAGGGAAUAAUAAAGCUGGAUCAUCCCUGCCUCCAUGUAGAUUUUCCCAUUGUUAUAUGUGAGGUUUGAUGAAGGACGAACUUGGGAGAUACACACACA